AUGAAUAGUGACAUCAAAUACAGAAUAUUGAUUGCCUGGUGUACAUUCGUCCUCAUUAUUUUUCAACAAAAUGUUCGUUCGGAAAAAAUUACUUUCCAGAAAGAAAACUACACACCAGAUUAUUCAUUCUACCACAAUGUGACUAGCAUUGUUUCUCAUAUGACAAAAAUUGUGAAUAAAUAUGGUAAAUAUAUUAAUCUGAAAGAUGAAUUUAGGUCAAAAGCUGGCCACUCACAGCUCGUUAUUAGAAUAUCAAAUUUCACAUCAGAAAAAUCUGGCAGAGAUAAAGUUCAGAUUUUAUUUGCCUUUGGUGAGCAUGCCAGGGAAUUCUUCCCAGUUGAAAGUAUGUUUUAUUUCCUGAAGAAUCUCACAAGAGGUUUGGAUGAGCUUCACCAAGGAAGUUUAUCUGGUGCAUAUUCUGCUUGGGUUGUGAAUAAUUUUGAUAUUUACAUCAUUGGGAUGACAAACCCUGACGGGAGAUACUAUCUGGAAGAGAGCGGUAAUUACUGCUGGCGAGGAACUGGGUCAGGCAUAGAUCUGAACAGAAACUUUGACUGGAACUUCGCAGGUCCGGGAAGUUCUAAAGAUUCCCAUGAUGAGGAAUUCAGAGGUCCAAGACCAUUUUCAGAACCAGAGACGGGUGUUUUUAUAAAACUGGCGGCCAAAAUAUCUUUUGAUGCCUUUUUGUCUUUCCACUCAGGGAUUCGUCAAAUUUAUCUUCCGUUUGCAGAUACAAAAUCCAAGCAGCAGAACAGAUUACCAGAGAAUAUAGACCAUAUGUUGAAGCUUGCCAGGCGAAUGUCACAUUCUUCACCCUCACGACCAUUUCAGUUUGGCCUGGCUCAUCGUCUGAUUGACUAUUCAGCAGACGGCACCUCUUUUGAUUACAUGGCGGGUGUUGCUUCGGUUCCGUUUUCACUGGCAGUUGAAAUGUGGGGUCAUGAGAAUCAUACAGGAUCAAGCUGCUUUGACGAGUUCAACCCUAGGAGUGAACACUUGCAGGAGGAAGUGGCACUGGUACAUCCAUUGUAUGUGGAGAUGCUUUCAUAUUUGUUGACCUGGAAGACGAGAAAAUCAGCAGCCAGAAAUAGGGCAUCUUCUACCUUGAUACGGGUGAGGAAAGAUAACAGCCUCAACUCAGAACACCAGCAAGAUGUCUUAUAUGCAUCCCAGACUUCCCGAGAGAUUAGCCGUAGUGCCUCAUUUGAAAGCCAAAUUAUAUACGUGAUCUUUGCUCUGGUGGUUACUGGAUGUGUGAUUCUUGGUGUCCGACAUACGUGUCAACUUAUGCGUAAAAAACGUAUUGUCAGUUUGAAAUCAUUAAGCUUGACAUUUUCAUUAUGUAAACAUUUGUAG